AUAUAAGCAGUGUAGCUGAAUUAAAAUUAAUUUUAGAAAUUGGAGCAAAAAAGAGAAGAGCUGACGCUGGUGGUGAGUGGCGAGCACGGCGGAAGGAUUGUGAUUGUGAAACAUGGCAUCAAAAUUGGUACAACUUCAAUCAAAGGCAUGUCAGGCUUCAAAUUUUGUGGCCAAGCAUGGGACUUCCUACUACAAGCAAUUGUUGGAGAAGAACAAACAAUUCAUUCAAGAGCCUGCAUCUAUUGAGAAGUGCAACGAAUUGUCUAAGCAAUUGCUCUACACUCGUCUUGCUAGCAUCCCAGGGCGCUACGAAACAUUUUGGAAAGAAGUAGAUUACGCAAAGAACUUAAUAAAGAACCGAGCGAACUUAAAGGUGGAAGAUGUAGGAAUCGGUGCAUUGUUUGGCUUAGAAUGCUUUGCUUGGUAUUGCGCGGGUGAAAUCGUUGGCAGAGGAUUCACUUUCACCGGCUACUACCCUUGAAAUUGAGACAACAGCAAUGUCGCCGGAAUAUCUUUCCCGACGCUUGUAACUCCCCUCCAUAUGAUUCCUCACUGAGCUAUAUAUACUUCCUCGAAUCCAUUUAUAUUUUCAGUCUUUUCCUGAAACAGAAGUUUUGGAGCUAAGGAAAAAAACCCAUUUUGGUAAAGCUCCUAAUAAGAAAUUGAGAAAAAUGCACUUGAUCCAAGAUUCUUCUUUAGAUAUAUUUGUAAACUUUUACUCGAAAAGUUUAAUAUUUGAAGCA